ACUACUUAUCCUAAAACCACCUGUAAGUUCAAUAGUCUACCUCGGAUAUCCAUUUCUAUUCAUAUACAUGAUCCACAUUCUUACUAUGUACAUCACUAUUCCAUGUAAACCUCAUUCUUACUCCUAACUCUGACUGAUCACAGGAUCAGGCUAUAGGAAGAUAUGUUACCAUGUUAUUUGGUGUCUUUUGUUUCUCCCUUGAGAAGACUUGAUGGACUGGUGGCAAACGUUGCUGUGACCGGUUAUCCCAGUCAGUAGCCACGAGCGGAGCAGGUAUCUUAACCCGCACUAUGGAUAUUUAUUCAUAUAGAAACAUCAUAUAAAGACCCCUGCAUAGUAGGUGAAAUUCAAGACUUGUACCUGCUGUAACAUGUAUACAUUUCAUUAUGAUAAGAUCAGCAGUAUUAAAUCUUCUUCUAAUUGAGGUAAUUAAUCAACACCCAUAAAAUAUACAGAAUUUCAUGUCUAUACACAACUUUCAGACACGGGCUGGCCCAUCAGGGAAAGACUAAAUCACUGAUAUGCCCUGCCCAUACAGUUUACCUUUUAUGUUGUUAAACUAUCUGCUACAAUGUUACCAGCUUCAGUAACACACCAGCGAGAGAGCCAUGCACCCUAAGCGCUUAUAAGCAAGGGCUGCCAGCAGGCCAUAACACAGGAGGCCGUGCCAACUUGCUAAGGUGAAGUAUAGGAAGAAGAGAUGGUGAGGACCGCCUGGGAUGCCCUAGUGACCGCCCUGGAAAACUUGGAGAAGAAGGGACUGAAGAAGUUCAGGAACAAGCUGAAUGACUGGCCAAUCAAAGAGGGAUUUAGCAAGAUCCCAAGAGGCCAGAUAGAGGACAGAUGCCCUGAUGACGUUGCUAAUAAGAUCAGGGACUUCUACACGUUUCCCUAUGGGAUCGAGGUGGCCUUGGAUGUUCUAGAAGCUAUAGACGAGAAGGAAGUGGCGGCAGGACUCCGUGCAGACCUGAGAAAUGGUAAGAGACCAACCAACGAGACAUGGGAGAAUAGUAACAGUUGUAACAGCUGGGGGCGUGUAACCAUCAGCAAUGGCCGCAAAGUGCCCUUGUUCCAGCCGCUUCUGCGGCACCAAUGUGGCAGAGUUUUCCACAUAGCCAUAGAGGUGCGCAGGAAAGUCUUGGAUGGCUUUGUGUUUGAACAGCAGCGCGAGGAAACUUAUUCUGGAGUGACCUGUAAAGUUACUCCUCCUCUUCCUGAACCCACCAGGGAGCACUUUGUGAUUGAACACCGGGAGGCUCUAAUAAGCCGGAUGUCCCAGGUGGAAUCGUUCCUAGACACACUUCUGCAGAAGAAACUUCUGACAUAUGAACAAUACGACGCUGUCUACAACAAACCAACUAGUCAGGAGACGAUGCGAGAGCUCUACAGCCAUGCCAGAUCCUGGGGGGACACCGACAAGGACAUCUUCUAUGAAGCCCUAAAGAAACAUAAUGCUCCUCUCAUUCGGGACCUGGAAAGGGCCUAAAGCUUUCCCCGAGUAAUAGUAAUGCAGCUACAGCGUUACCUCCUGAGACCAGCGUCCUGUAUCUGCAGAGAUGUGCGGCGUGUCCUAUCACACUGUACAUUGGUGCCCUCUGCGUCAUACACAGACACAGCACCCGCCCAGAGAUUCA